UGCCUCGCUGAGGGCGGUUCAUUGUAGUCUCUCUUUCGCCAAAGACAGUGCAAACGUGCACCGAUUCACGUUUUGGGGCUCUGAGGUGCUUCGCACUCACAAUCCAGCUAAAAAUCUCAAAAUGAAGCGGGCGUGGGUUGUCGGUCUGUUAGUCGCACUGUUGACCUUCGCUGCAGUGAAAGCUGAGGAUGAGCUUGACGUGGACGGCACAGUGGACGAGGACCUGGGUAAAAGCAGGGAUGGCUCAAAGACAGAUGAUGAGGUGGUUCAAAGAGAGGAGGAAGCUAUCCAGCUGGAUGGAUUGAAUGCAGCCCAGAUUAAGGAACUCAGGGAGAAGUCAGAGAAGCAUGUAUUUCAAGCUGAAGUCAACCGCAUGAUGAAGCUGAUUAUUAACUCCCUGUAUAAGAAUAAGGAGAUAUUCCUCAGGGAGCUGAUUUCCAACGCAUCUGAUGCCCUGGAUAAGAUCCGCCUGUUGUCACUCACCAAUGAAGAUGCAAUGGCUUCCAACGAAGAGCUGACCAUCAAAAUCAAAUCCGACAAGGAGAAAAAUAUGCUCCACAUUACGGACACAGGCAUUGGCAUGACCAAAGACGAGCUAGUGAGGAACUUGGGCACCAUCGCCAAGUCGGGCACCAGCGAGUUCCUGAACAAGAUGACUGAGAUGCAGUCGGAGGAUCAGUCCACCUCAGAGCUGAUCGGACAGUUUGGUGUGGGCUUCUACUCGGCUUUCUUAGUGGCAGACAAGGUCAUCGUGACAUCCAAACACAACAACGGUACCCAGCACAUCUGGGAGUCAGACUCCAACCAGUUCUCAGUCAUCGAGGACCCCCGUGGGGAUACGCUGGGCAGGGGCACCACCAUCACACUGGUAAUGAAAGAGGAGGCUUCAGACUACUUGGAGCUGGAGACCAUCAAGAACCUGGUCAAGAAGUAUUCACAGUUCAUCAACUUCCCCAUCUAUGUUUGGGCCAGCAAGACUGAGACUGUAGAGGAGCCCAUUGAGGAGGAUGCAGAGGCAACAGAGGAACCGGAGAAGGAGGCUGCAGAAGAUGAGGCUGAGGUAGAAGAGGAGGAAGAAGAGGACAAAGAUAAGCCCAAGACCAAAAAGGUUGAGAAGACUGUGUGGGACUGGGAGCUGAUGAACGAUAUCAAGCCCAUCUGGCAGAGACCAGCUAAGGAGGUUGAGGAGGAUGAGUACAAGGCUUUCUAUAAGACAUUCUCAAAGGAUAGUGACGACCCUCUGGCACACAUCCACUUCACUGCUGAGGGCGAGGUCACGUUCAAGUCCAUUCUGUUCGUGCCCACGUCUGCUCCCCGCGGACUCUUUGACGAGUACGGCUCCAAGAAGAACGACUACAUCAAGCUCUUUGUCAGGAGAGUUUUCAUCACCGAUGACUUUAACGACAUGAUGCCCAAGUACCUCAACUUUGUCAAGGGAGUGGUCGAUUCUGAUGAUCUUCCCCUAAAUGUGUCCCGAGAGACUCUACAGCAGCACAAACUACUGAAGGUUAUCCGUAAGAAGCUGGUGCGCAAGACAUUAGACAUGAUCAAGAAGAUCGCUGAGGAGCAGUACAAUGACAAGUUCUGGAAGGAGUUUGGCACAAACAUCAAGCUCGGCGUCAUUGAGGACCACUCCAACAGGACCCGCCUGGCCAAGCUGCUCCGUUUCCAGACCUCCAACAGUGACACAGUGCUGGCCAGUCUGGAGCAAUAUGUAGAGCGCAUGAAGGAGAAGCAGGACAAGAUCUACUUCAUGGCCGGCACCAACAGGAAGGAGGCUGAGGCAUCUCCCUUUGUUGAGAGGCUGCUGAAGAAAGGCUAUGAAGUGAUCUACCUGACGGAGCCAGUGGAUGAGUACUGCAUCCAGGCUCUACCGGAGUUCGAUGGCAAGCGCUUCCAGAACGUGGCCAAGGAGGGCGUCAAAUUUGACGAGAGUGACAAAGCCAAAGAGAAGCGUGAGGCUCAGGAGAAAGAAUACGAGCCUCUGACCACAUGGCUCAAGGACAAGGCGCUCAAGGACAAGGUUGAAAAGGCCGUGCUCUCCCAGAGGCUCACAAACUCUCCAUGCGCUUUGGUAGCCAGUCAGUACGGUUGGUCAGGCAACAUGGAGCGGAUCAUGAAGGCACAGGCUUACCAGACCGGAAAAGAUAUUUCCACAAACUACUACGCCAGCCAGAAGAAAACGUUAGAAAUCAAUCCCAAACACCCACUCAUCAAGCAGAUGCUCAAACGAAUCAAUGAUGACCCUGAGGACCAGACAGCCACUGACCUGGCCACUGUCCUCUUUGAGACGGCCACCCUACGUUCAGGCUACCAGCUAGCUGACACCAAAGCAUAUGGAGACAGGAUAGAACGCAUGCUGCGACUCAGCAUGAACAUCCCUCUGGAUGAGGAGGUUGAAGAAGAACCAGAGGAGGAACCCGAAGAGUCAGCAGAUGACGAUGCUGAGGGAGAUGAAGUUGAUGAAAUUGAUGAUGCUGAUGAAGAUGAGGAUGAAACGGCGAACACAGAAAAAGACGAACUGUGAAAUGUCCAAUUGAAGAGCGCGUGGAACAAUAACGAAGACGAGAAGUUGUUCUAGCUCCCCUCUGUGGUUGGUGUUGUCUGGGCGGGGUUUUUAUAAGGAGAGCUUUUGUUUUUUUUGUAUUUUUUUUUAUUACAUUCCUCACGACUGUAAAUUUGUUAAUAUUUAAGUGACCUAUUGAUGGAUCCUGUCUCUUGAUUGAAUAAAUGUGUUUCCUUGAAAAA